GUUUUGACUAUUGUAAUCAAGAGUCACUUGCUUCACUUUUCGAAAUGAGUACAGAAUUAAUUCUGAACCUUUAGGAGCAAAUUAAAGAAAUUAUAAUUCAAGAGAUACUGUAGUUUGCAGAGACGGUAAGACGUUGGUGGCGGUACUGCACCAAGAAGAAGAAGAAGAAGGAAGAGGAAGAGGAAGAAGAAGAAGAGCAAGAGCAAGAGCAAGAAGAAGAAGAGCACGAGCAUGAGCAGCAGCAAAUGCCAGCUUCUCAAUGGAAACUGAAAGCAUCUCGGGCUCAUGAUAAGGUGGGCAACUGCAACAGAUUCACUGAUCCCAGCCAGAAGCAGAGCAGCCUCCUGUCUGUGAAGAACAACAGGUGAAGCAGGUGUCAGGAGGAGGACUGGUUUACCUGUGCAGAGAAGGAUCAGAGAAAAAGAAAGAGGUGGACACGAAGAGGACUGCAGAUGGCUGGCUUUCUGGAUAACUUCCGCUGGCCAGAGUGGGAAUGCAUCGACUGGGGGGAGAGGAGGAACGCAGUGGCUUCUGUUGUCGCUGGAGUUCUGUUCUUCACAGGCUGGUGGAUCAUGAUUGAUGCAGCAGUAACGUAUCCAUCCCAGGAGAAGAUGAACCACGCAUUCCACACAUGUGGCGUCUUCUCCACCAUAGCAUUCUUCAUGAUCAAUGCAGUUUCUAAUGGCCAGGUGAGAGGAGACACAUAUGGAGAGGGCUGCCUUGGCAGGACAGGAGCUCGUCUCUGGCUGUUUAUCGGCUUCAUGAUGAUGUUUGGCUCACUCAUCGCCUCCAUCUGGAUCCUGUUCGGUGGCUACGUCAUGCCAAAAAAAGAAGUGGCACCCGGGCUGGCUGUGUUCUUUCAGAAUGCCUUCAUCUUUUUUAGCACUCUGAUCUACAAGUUCGGCCGGACUGAAGAUUUAUGGGGUUAGAGGGUCUGUCUUAUUACUGACUGUCUUUACUCUCUCUUUCACACACACAACACCAACACAUGUUUUGUAAUCUCUUGUUUUAACUAAAAAAGCUAUAGAAUCUCCAGUCCAAACACACACAUUAAUUCACAGAAUGUUUUAUAACCUGCAUUUGCUUUUUAAACAGAAACCCAUUACUGCUGCACCACACACACACACACACACACACACACACACACACACACACACUGACUGUGUCAACAGGCACAUAGUGGUGUAGCUAUUUUUAUUAGUUUAUCUGUGUUGUUCUUGAGAAAAUAAUUUGACGUUUGAAAAUGUUUGUAUUUUAAAUAAGGGAAUUCCUGUUUAUUAUUGAGAACUGAAUAGCCAGGUUCAUUUAGUUUCGUUGUAUCUCAGAUGCUUCUCAAGUGUUAAUUCAUGUCAUUGUUUGUUUAAUAUGUUGGGAAAUCAUCAUUUUUCUGGGGACAGGCUAAUUUAUUGACAUAAAUACAUUUUGAAGUGGAUGCAAGAGUAAACACACCACCAUGGGUCUGAUUCAUAUUAGGGUCAAUUUCCUGCUGACAGAUUAGUCUCUGUCGUUCUGCCUUAGGAUGACAUGUUUUUUAAAUAGUCUGUUUAGUCCUCUUGUACUUUGUCCUUGUUUAGCUCUGCUUUUACCAGAAAAUGUCUUGUAAAGUGAGAUAUAAUUAUUCAGAUACAUGGGAUUUUUUCGGUAGCCAUUUUAAGUAUUUCAUUAUAGAACAAAUAUUGUGAAGCUGUCAAUCAGACUGCUGUAGUAACAGUAUUAAAGGACUUGUAACGGACUACUUUACACUCCUUCCUAUCACAUAUAGACAUGUGCAACAGACCAUUUUUUUAUGUAAUAAGAUACACUUGGACCCUAAAGCUUUGACUUGCAUGGAGAAAAAAACAAGAUGGAAAACCCUGGGGAAAUGGGAUUUGGGGUUAGUUCCUAUCUUUUUUUAAAAUGUUCUGACUUUUCAAUAGCUAAAAACGUGAAAAAUAAAGAAAAUGUUUUAUUAGAGAA